GUGACGUCAUCAAGGACGGAAAGAGAAAAGGAAAUAUUACACUGUCGCGUCAAGCUGGACGCUUUCUUUCGGAAUCAAUCUUAAUCAGAUGAGUGUUUAUUAAUGUGUUUAUUAAUGUUAGCGCACAUUUAAUGUUUAACUUCGAAAAUGUUAAGAGGCCUUGCAUGGACUGGGAAGCGUUGUCUUGUCUUACAAGUCAGAUACGAAGGAAAAGGUCUCUGCAGAUCCGUUAGCUAAUGUUAGCACCGAGGAUGAGAAACAUCAUCGGGGGAUGCUAACCCCAACAGCUCCACUUUUGCAAUGACUGAAUUCGUUUUCAUUUGAAAGCCCAACUGAGAAGUUAUCGUCGCUCGUGCCAAAAUCUACCUCCGAACAACAACGGCGGCGGCGGUUCUGCCUACAGGAUGAGAAACUGCGAGUACCAACAAAUCGACCCGUUGGCGCUGUCGGUGGCACCGGCUUCAGUUCAGAACCUCACUGACAAGAAAGCGGAGCGACUGCGGAGAAAAUGGGAAGUGUUCCCGGGGAAGAACCGAUUUUUCUGUGACGGACGGGUCAUUGUGGCCAGACAGAGCGGGGUCCUCCCUUUGACACUGGGGCUUAUUGUUGUCACCUGUGGCCUUUUCUUUGCUUUCGAUUGCCCAUUCCUUGUGGAGCAUCUGACAGUCUUCAUCCCGGUGAUCGGUGGGGUGCUUUUUGUGUUUGUGGUCCUCUCCUUGCUGAGAACAAGCUUUACAGACCCAGGCAUCCUACCCAGGGCCACCUUAGAUGAAGCUGCAGACAUAGAGAAACAGAUAGAUACCUCAGGAUCCUCAUCGUAUCGCCCGCCUCCGCGGACCAAGGAGAUCCUCAUCAACCAGCAGGUGGUCAAGCUCAAGUACUGCUUUACGUGUAAAAUGUUUCGCCCUCCUCGGACCUCACACUGCAGUCUUUGUGACAACUGCGUGGAGAGGUUUGAUCAUCACUGCCCAUGGGUGGGGAACUGUGUAGGCAAGCGCAAUUACCGCUUUUUCUACAGUUUCAUCAUCUCCCUAUCUUUUCUGACAUCUUUCAUAUUUGGUUGCGUCAUAGCACACAUUACUCUGCGAUCUCAAUCGGGCAAAAGCCUCAUUCAAGCCAUCCAGGAGAGCCCUGCCAGUGUAGUGGAGCUGGUCAUUUGUUUCUUCUCCAUCUGGUCUAUUCUGGGCCUCUCAGGCUUCCAUACCUACCUAGUAGCUUCCAACCUUACGACAAAUGAGGAUAUUAAGGGCUCCUGGUCAAGUAAAAGGGGUGCAGAGGAGUCUGGGAACCCGUACACUUACAACAGCAUCCUAGCCAACUGCUGUGUGACGUUAUGUGGGCCCAUGCCCCCAAGCCUGAUUGACAGGAGAGGCUUCCUGUCACCUGAGGAGUCUGUCCCCACUGUUUCUGCCUCAGAGAUUGAGGUGCCUUCCUUCGCAGCCAAGAAUGACGCGAACAUGUGCACACAAAGCACCAAAGACGUGCUCGAGAGGAUGCUCCACUCCUCCGCCUCUUAUGGUCUCUGCCUUCUCGGCACCCCAAAGACCACCCCUGUGGGCCUGGAGGUUACCGGUGCCCCAGCACGCGCUGCGGAGACGUCACCCACGGAGAGGUGCUGGCACCAGACCGCGGACGCCCCAUGCUCUCCCUUCUCCACCAGCAGCACGAGCGACUCGAUACACUCCAUCAACCCGGCGUUCCGUUUGGCGUCUCCUUCGCCUUCGCUUGGUCGAGCCAUGCUGGUUCUCGACGAGGCACCAGACGUUAGUUUUAUCCCAUAACCUUAAAGGUAUCCAACUUGGAGGUCUUGUAGGAGCUUUUUCACAAGUGCUUCUGGUCCUGUUUGGUACUCCGUGUCGACUUCAAGCACAACAAGUGGACAUUUAACACCUCUUAUUAAAGCACCCUAGCAUAUGCCUCCUUUUACAGUACAGAACUUCAAGCCAUAGAGCCAGCUCAGUCGCAGUGUAUAAUUUCUUGCUCACAUCUUAUGCAAACCGCUCUUAAAUCCUGAGAACAAAGGUGAGUUUCUGGAUGACUGAAGGAUAAAAAAAUAAUAUCACUGGACCAAGCAGUGUUUCAUUUCAGGAAUAACUCCAGGGAAGUCCUAUAAUUCAGACUUUUUUUUUUUUUUUGAUCAAGGCUUUCCAACCAUGGCAAACAGAUCGAUUAACCUGAAGACCACCAAUGGUGUAACCUAAAAUUUGAGAAGUGCAAAGGAAAAACCUUUUGGAGCCACAUGCAAAAACUUUGGUUUUUGUAAUGCAGUACAUGCUUUGUCGUUGUAUGUCAUACAUUGGAUUGUGGCUAUAGUGUAUGCAAUAUAAGCAGUACUUUCAUAAUUAAAAUCAUAAAAGGGAGAGUGUGGUUUCCUCCCACAUUCCGAAGCGGUGCAUGGUGGGUUACUUGAAGACUUGAAAUUGUCUGUUGGUGGGAAUCCGAGUGUGUCCAUGGUUGUUUUUAUGUGCCCUGUGAUGGACUGGCAACCAGUUGCUCAUGUACCCUGCCUUUCGCCUUAAGUCAGCUGGGAUAGGCUCCAGGUCAACCGCAAUUCUGAGGACAAGCGGUUUGGAAAUUGGAUGAAUUUAAGGGUUGCACUGGACCAAGGA